AUGAAUAAGGAAAUCAUGUCACGUGUGGUGAAGAAGAGGCAGGCAGACCCCAAGGUGGUCCAGUAUGUGUGGGCGGCCAUUGAGGUCAUCCGCAACCAGAAACAAAUCGCAAAUAUGGACAGGAUCUCCAAGUACCUGAGUCGUGUGUUUGGCAUGCACCCUAAGGAGACUGCCAGACAGCUGAGCCUGGCCGUAAAGGACGGCCUCGUAGUGGAGACCCUGACGGUUGGCUGCAAGGGCUCCAAAGCCGGCAUAGAACAGGAAGGAUACUGGCUGCCCGGGGAUGAGAUGGAGCCGAAAGCCGAGGGGAGCAAGGACUGGGAGGCGGAGAGCCACGACUGGUAUUGUUUCGAGUGUCACCUACCGGGGGACGUCCUCACGUGCGACAACUGCUUCCGGGUCUAUCAUCUCAAGUGUCUGUCGGAGGAGUGCAAGCCCAGAGACGGAGGGUCGCACUGGCAGUGUGUCGUCUGCAGGGGCAGUAAAAAGAAGAACCUGAACAAACAGGAGAUGUGUAAAUACCUGCGUUUCAUCGUCCAACGUAUGAAGGAGAGGGCAGUGGAUCUGAACAAGAAAGGCAAAGACAUUAAACACCCCAUGUACAAACGGCUGAUCCACACUGCGCUGGACGUCUCCAACAUCCAAGAGAACCUGUCUGAAGGAAAGUAUAAGACCUUUGAGGAGUUUAAAGCAGACGCUCAACUGAUUGUUCACAACACUGCCAUCUUGUAUGGAGUUCACAGUGACCAGGCAGAGAUCGCACGGUUGCUCUUCAGCGACACAUGCCACGAGUUGAACGAGUUGUUGUUGUGUAAGAACUGUUUCUACCUGUCGAACGCUCGGCCUGACAAUUGGUUCUGCUACCCCUGUAGCCCGAGCCAUGACCUGGUGUGGGCAAAGAUGAAAGGUUUUGGUUACUGGCCUGCCAAAGUCCUUCAGAGGGAGGACAACCAGGUGGACGUGCGCUUCUUUGGACACCAGCAUCAGAGAGCGUGGAUCCCCUCAGACAACAUCCAGGACAUCAAGGUGAGUGUCCAGCAGCUGCAGGUGAAGCGCAGCAACGGCUGGAAGAAGGCGUGCGAGGAGCUGGAGGUCUACCAGCGUUUCCUGAGGGAGGGACGCUUCUGGAAAACAAAGAUGGAGGAAAGCAGCCAGCCGCACCAGCACCACCAACAGAGCCAGAGCCAGAACCAGAGCCAGAGCCAGAGUCAGAGCCAGAGCCAGCGGCAGCAGCAGCAGCAGCAGCAGCAGCAGCAGGAGGAGGGCAGCGUUAGGACGGACAGACUGGAGAGGACAGACGAGGCCGAGUCCAGUAUCUCCUCUACCAGCAAUGAGCAGGUCCGACAUCUCAAAGGCAGCCAGGAGCCCAAGGCAAAGAAAAGCCGUCGGACUCAGAUGGUUGAGCCCAAAGAGGAAGUCAGUGACCCGGAGCCGGAGAUGGAGGCGGUGAGCUCCAGCCAGGAGAUUCCUGUGUCCUCGGCACCGCAGCAGCCUGAGAAGCUGUCGGUGUCUACGCAGACCAAGAAGGCCAAUGGAGGGUCGCCGCGCACGCUGCACCGCGGCACCCAGACCAACAGUGACGGUGCCUGCCAGAACAUGUGCCACGAGAAGUACACCAAGGUCUUCAACGACGUCAAGGAGAUGAUGAAGGCCGACAACAAGAGGGAGACGGAGAGGGUCGUCCGAGAAGCUCUGGAGAAGCUCCGUGCUGAGAUGGAGGAGGAGAAGCGUCAGGCAGUGAGUAAGGCGGUGGCCGGAGCUCAGGCCGAGAUGGAGAGGAAGUGUAAGCAGGUGAAGGAGAAGUGUAAAGAGGAGCUGGUGGAGGAGGUGAAGAAGCUCGUGGCCCAAAACAAACAGCUCAUCUCCCAGACCAAGAAGAAGCAGUGGUGUUAUAACUGUGAGGAGGAGGCCAUGUACCACUGCUGCUGGAACACCUCGUACUGCUCCAUCAAGUGUCAGCAGGAGCACUGGCACGCCGACCACAAACGAACCUGCCGCAGGAAGAGAUGAACAAGCCCUGCCCUCUCUGACCCCUACACAGCACGCCAUUGGCUCUUGCCCUCUCCUACGCCUGUCAGUCAGUGUCUACAACACACACACACACACACACACACACAUAAACACAUACAUGCCCCUCUCUCCUACUUCUCUACUUGCCUUCCUGAAAACUUUGUGGACCCGACGUUUUUCUGCGUGAAAAGAGCGAAUUGUUCUUUUUUUAAUUUAAUGUACCCAUUGUAUUGAUUUUUCUUUCUAUAUUUUGUUUAUUUUGUCUCUGAAUCAUGAACAGAUUGCUUGAGAGCAUUUGCUCGAAUGCAAAAUUAAGGUAUGAUUUUGUGUGUGUGUUUCUUUCGCCUUUUUUUUUUCUUUACUGAAGUGCUAAUUUUGAACUUGUGUCAGAGAAUGUUAUUUAAGUGUGUAGUAACAGAUGAGCAUUAACUGAAUACAUUUUAUUACCUGAAUUUUUUAAAGACUCACUUUUCUUACUGUAAAUGCAACAAAUACACAGUCGAUCUUAUGAGGAAAAAAAAGAAAAAAAAAAGUGAAAACAUGCCGUAAGUACUAUCGCUGCGUUGAACUCGCUCUGCUUUCAUAGAGAAAACUUAUUUAAAAAAAAAAACGACAAAAAACUGCAGAAGAUAUUGGAUUGUGGUGAUGUGGCUCACAGAUGUUGAUGUAUUUUGUUUUUUUUCAUGAAUCUAUUGAGGUGCAUAGCACCUUUUUAUCAUUUCUACCUAAAAUCUUAUCAUCCUCAAGUCACUUAUUGGGAACAGGGUCACGAACUCGGCCUUAAAAGACGCCGACAAAAUAAAUCUUCCAUGUAUUAUUAUUAUUGUUGUUAUGAUUAAUAUUAUUAUGCACAUUUUUUUAAAUAGACACAUUUUUAUGAAUCCG